CUCUCGGAGGCGGGGGCCUUCGGCCAAGAUGGCAGCGUACCUGCAGUGGCGGCGCUUCGUUUUCUUCGACAAGGAGCUGGUGAAGGAGCCGCAGGGCAAUGAUGGGGCUGCUCCCGGGGCCGCGCCUGCCUCUGGAACCGCUGCUUCCAAGUUCCUUUGCCUCCCUCCUGGCAUCACUGUCUGCGACUCAGGCCGAGGGAGCCUAGUCUUUGGAGAUAUGGAAGGCCAGAUCUGGUUCUUGCCCCGCUCCCUACAGCUUACCAGCUUCCAGGCCUACAAACUACGGGUGACACACCUCUACCAGCUGAAACAGCACAAUAUUCUGGCAUCUGUUGGUGAGGAUGAAGAGGGCAUCAACCCCCUGGUAAAGAUCUGGAACCUGGAGAAAAGAGAUGGUGGCAAUCCACUUUGCACUCGAAUCUUCCCUGCCAUCCCAGGAACAGAGCCGACUGUUGUGUCUUGUUUGACUGUUCAUGAAAAUCUCAACUUUAUGGCCAUUGGUUUCACAGAUGGCAGUGUUACAUUGAACAAAGGAGACAUCACCCGGGACCGGCAUAGCAAGACCCAGAUUUUGCACAAGGGCAACUAUCCUGUUACUGGACUGGCAUUUCGCCAAGCGGGAAAGACCACUCACUUGUUUGUUGUGACAACUGAGAAUGUUCAGUCCUAUAUAGUUUCUGGAAAGGACUACCCUCGUGUGGAGUUGGACACCCAUGGUUGUGGCUUGCGCUGUUCAGCCCUAAGCGACCCUUCUCAGGACCUGCAGUUCAUAGUGGCCGGGGAUGAGUGUGUCUACUUGUACCAGCCUGAUGAACGUGGGCCCUGCUUUGCCUUUGAAGGCCAUAAACUCAUUGCUCACUGGUUUAGAGGCUACCUUGUCAUUGUCUCCCGUGACCGGAAGGUUUCUCCCAAGUCAGAGUUUACCAGCAGGGACUCACAGAGCUCCGACAAGCAGAUUCUCAACAUCUAUGACCUGUGCAACAAGUUCAUUGCCUAUAGCGCCGUCUUUGAGGAUGUAGUGGAUGUGCUUGCUGAGUGGGGCUCCCUGUACGUGCUGACGCGGGAUGGGCGGGUCCACGCACUGCAGGAGAAGGACACACAGACCAAACUGGAGAUGCUCUUUAAGAAGAACCUAUUUGAGAUGGCAAUUAACCUGGCCAAGAGCCAGCACCUGGACAGUGAUGGGUUGGCCCAGAUCUUCAUGCAGUACGGGGACCAUCUCUACAGCAAGGGCAACCAUGAUGGGGCUGUCCAGCAGUAUAUCCGGACCAUUGGAAAGUUGGAGCCGUCCUAUGUGAUCCGCAAGUUUCUGGAUGCCCAGCGUAUCCACAACCUGACUGCCUACCUGCAGACCCUGCACCGGCAAUCCCUGGCCAAUGCUGACCACACCACCCUGCUGCUCAACUGCUACACCAAGCUCAAGGACAGCUCGAAGCUGGAGGAGUUCAUCAAGACAAAGAGCGAGAGUGAAGUCCACUUUGAUGUGGAGACAGCCAUCAAGGUCCUCCGGCAGGCUGGCUACUACUCCCAUGCCCUCUACUUGGCUGAGAACCAUGCACAUCACGAGUGGUACUUGAAGAUCCAGCUAGAGGACAUCAAGAAUUAUCAGGAAGCCGUUCAGUAUAUCGGCAAGCUGCCUUUUGAGCAGGCAGAGAGCAACAUGAAACGCUAUGGCAAAAUCCUCAUGCACCAUAUACCAGAGCAGACGACUCAGUUGCUGAAGGGACUUUGUACCGACUAUCAGCCCAGCCUUGAAGGCCGAGGCGAUAGGGAGGCUCCAGGCUGCAGGGCCAACUCAGAGGAGUUCAUCCCCAUCUUUGCCAACAACCCACGAGAGUUGAAAGCCUUCUUGGAGCACAUGAGUGAAGUGCAGCCUGACUCACCGCAGGGCAUCUAUGACACACUCCUUGAACUACGACUGCAGAACUGGGCCCAUGAGAAGGAUCCGCAGGUCAAAGAGAAGCUUCAUGCAGAGGCCAUCUCCCUGCUGAAGAGUGGCCGCUUCUGCAACGUCUUUGACAAGGCCCUGGUGCUCUGCCAGAUGCAUGACUUCCAGGAUGGGGUCCUUUACCUCUAUGAGCAGGGGAAGCUGUUUCAGCAGAUUAUGCACUACCACAUGCAGCAUGAGCAGUACCGGCAGGUGAUCGCUGUGUGCGAGCGCCAUGGGGAGCAGGAACCCUCCCUGUGGGAACAGGCACUCAGCUACUUUGCCCGCAAGGAGGAGGACUGCAAAGAGUACGUGGCAGCUGUGCUCAAGCAUAUCGAGAACAAGAACCUCAUGCCACCCCUUCUAGUGGUGCAGACCCUAGCCCACAACUCCACUGCCACCCUGUCUGUUAUCCGGGACUACCUGGUCCAGAAACUGCAGAAACAGAGCCAGCAGAUUGCACAGGAUGAGCUCCGGGUGCGGCGGUACCGAGAGGAGACCACCCGCAUCCGCCAGGAGAUCCAGGAGCUCAAGGCCAGUCCAAAGAUUUUCCAGAAGACCAAGUGCAGCAUCUGUAACAGUGCCUUGGAGUUGCCCUCAGUCCACUUUCUCUGUGGCCACUCCUUCCACCAACACUGCUUUGAGAGUUACUCGGAAAGUGAUGCCGACUGCCCCACUUGCCUCCCUGAAAACCGGAAGGUCAUGGAUAUGAUCCGGGCCCAGGAACAGAAACGAGAUCUCCAUGAUCAGUUCCAGCACCAGCUCAAGUGCUCCAACGACAGCUUCUCUGUGAUUGCCGACUACUUUGGCCGAGGUGUUUUCAACAAAUUGACUCUGCUGACCGAUCCUCCCACGGCCAGGCUGACUGCAAGCCUAGAGGCGGGGCUACAGCGGGACUUGCUCAUGCACUCCAGGAGGGGCACCUAAGUAGCUUGUGGGAAAGGAUGUGAUAAUGGAGGCACAUCAGUAGGGACAGAGGGGGACAGUGGCAGGGCUGUCGCACAGGAGUCAGGCAGACGUGCACAGGACUCCACUCUGAUCUGAUGUCAUAGUCCUCAGGACUAAAGAGGAUUUUCUUUUCCUGCCUCCUUGUUUGGCCAGCCGGCCAUUCUUCCUGUUGACUUUUCGAGCAGUGUAGAUCCUUCCAGACCAGCGGGGGAGGGCACCUCAGCAACCUCUGUAUAUGGACAAUAGCUGCUUUGUUCUCUAUCCAAGAGCACUAGGCUGUGCUUGGGUCAUUGCUCCCAGAGUCUAUAAAUAAAAGCAUAUAAUGAUUUGGGGGUUGAAGGAUUUAUUCUGGGGACUUCUGGGUGAUUCUUAACUGUGCAAAAUGUACUUCUUUCCCUCUGCUCUCCUAGAGCUCCACUUGCCUUUCUACAGAGUUCCUUAAAGAUUAUGUUGAAGUGAGUUCAUUCCAGGAAUGGGUGGGGCUUGUGGCAUCUGGUAGAGUUCAAUUUACUGAAGAACCUCUGCAAAAGACUUAAUGCCUGAGCUCCAAGAGCCACCUGGACCCAGGCCCCCCAAAACAGCUCCUGCUCUUUAGUCUGGCUGGUCUCUAUAGCUCUUGUUUGGACAAAAUAUUCAAGCAGGAGGCAGAUUCUGGUGGGGAGCCUCCUUGGGCCUUUGUAAUGGGUAGGUUGGUGUCUUGCUGUAAUCAGUACUAGAUGAUAAGCAGGAUAAAAGGGUCUUUAUUGAAAUAUUUUUUUUCCCCUCUGAAGUUGUCAGCUGAAGUUUGUGCUGCUAGGUGUCUGCGUGUAAUUUGGGUUACACUGCCUGUUGGAAAAUUGCUCUUACAGCGUUGUUUAAUUGAAGGAAGUAACUUGGAUGUUGUGUUUAGGUAGUAUUUAGAAGAGACAGAGUACACUACAUUUGUAGUGGCUAAGAAUACAAACUUUGGAUCAGCUGACCUGAGUUUGAAUCCUAGUUUGACUUAGGGCAACUCUUACCUUCUCCGAACCUCAAUUUCUUCAUCUGUACAUUAGGAAUUAUAAUACCUUUCUUGUACGGCUAUUGUGAAGGCCUAAGGAGUGAAUAGGUGUCCAGUUCUUUGCACAGUGGUUAGCAUAUGGGUACUCACUAUGUGGUUAUUAGUGAUGUUGGUGGGUAAAGCACUUUUCCUAACAAGCCCUUUUUCCACUAAAUUAAUAUGUUGGCACUCCCAUUUCACAGUUGUCUUUAGGCAUGACCUUUGAUCUCUCAACCAUUUGUUUUAUUUUAGAAAUAGAAACAUUGGGGCCAGCCCAGUGGUGCAGUGGUCAAAUUCAUCUGCCUCACUUCGGUGGCCCAGGUUUCUGGGUUUGGAUUCCUGGUGUGGACCCACACCAUUCAUCACCAUGCUGUGGUGGUGACCCGCAUACAAAAAGUAGAGGAAGGGUGGCACAGAUGUUACCUCUGGGUGAAUCUUCCUCAACAACAACAACAACAAAUAGAAAUGUUACCUACUUCAGGGCUGUAGCAGAGCUAAGUUUGAGCAGAGCAAAGGAAGUGCUACAUAAGCUGCACUAACUGCUUGAGCCACAGCUAAGGAGAUAAAGCUCUAGAAUUCUGGAUGAAUAGUGUCCUGGAGCACACAUCUAAUUUGUGGGUGUUGAAUCCAGCCUAGCAUCGUAAGUUGCUUAAGGAAUCUGUACUUCUAACGCAGCAUUAUAGAGUUAAUAUCCUUUUCCUAUUGGGCAUGGCUAACUGGCAUAAAUGACUGUCCCUUUGGGUGGUGGUAGGAGGGGACUGCAAAGAGUUUACUUUGUGGGUAAAUCUGGGCCACUGACCAUCAGUAUCCUGGCUCAGAACGAGGUAUAGGUAAAAGUAGAAAUGAAUAGCUGGUAGGCCUGGGUCCUAAACCAGGAAGACGGAGGCAAACGGGAACCCAGCCCCUCGUCCGUCUGGCGGAGGAGGGGCAGUAACAGACAGGUACGGUCUUCUCUGUCGCAAUCAUUCGAAUUCCCGCCCGGCGGAGGUGCCUCCUCUCGAGGGCGGGCGCCGGAAAUGACGCAGGGCCCUUCGUAGAGCCGGGAGUCAGACUGCAGGAGGAGCUGAGGCCCCGCGUGCACCCGGUGCCAGCCGGCCGGGACCUCCGGCUUCCCCAGAUCCCGAGGGACCUUGGCGGCGGCCUUUGGCCUCCCUCCUGAGCACAGCCAUGUCUGGUAAUGGCAACGCGGCCGUAACGGCGG